AUGGAGGAGGUGGUGGGGCGGGGCAUCAUGGUGAUAGGCGGUGAGCUUUGCUCCCGCCACUGGACCAUCAGAUUGUGUGACAGGAUUGUUUCUGAUGUGAGCGGAGGAGGUGUCAUCGGACAGUAUCCUGUACUGUUACCUGGUGAGGAUGAGUUUGUCUAUGAGAGUUGCACGCCACUGCCCAAAGUACCUGGAUCUGUGGAGGGUUCUUUUUCGUUUGUGCCUGGCAAGUAUGUUCCGAUUAUCUAG